CUUUGACAGAGCUGAUACUCUAAAAUGUCAAAAUAGCCGAUAAAAAGAUCAACCAAUAUUUGCGAUAAUUAUUGUGGCUAGUUAUUUAGUUUAUUAUAUAAUAUAAGAAAAUAAAAUGAAUAGCAUAGGAGAAGAGUGUACUGAAUUAAAGAAAAAAUAUGAUGAUUGUUUUAAUUCGUGGUUUUCGGAACGUUUUCUAAAAGGCGAUCAUGAUGACUCCAUGUGUGCUGGAAUUUUUAAGGUUUAUCAAGAAUGUGUAAAGAAAGCCAUGAAGCAACAAAGUAUUGAUUUCAAAGAAGUAGACAAAGAUGUUUUAGGGACAGAUAACGAGUUCAAAGUUCCACCUUCCGAAAGUAGCAGUUGACAAUCAGGAACCUGCAGCCUCCUAUGUUCUUUUAGCCCAAUUACUUUAUGGCAUGUAUUUCAUUCAGAAGUUUCAAAUAAUAAUGUACUAAAGACGGCUAUUACAGAAAAUAAAAAUUAAUGUAGUUGGUUUAGAAAAUUGAAACUAUGCAUUUAUUUAUGAAAUAAAAUUUUACAAGUACAAAAAGUAUUGUUUAAAGUUGAAAUAGUAAGUGCUUUUUAUUGAUUUACAUUGAUU